UCCUAAUUUUAUGUCUUGAGGUCCGAGGAACUAAAUAGUCAAAAUUAAACAUAGUCAGAGUGCAAAAACAGGAAGGAGAGGCCAAAGAUGGGCGGAGGACUAUGGACAUUGGUGGAGCUAUUUGGUUCUGCAGCUCUUCUUCUCAUCAUCGCCUUUUCUACCUUCAUCUUUUUCGACGCUUACAGACGACGAUUUAACAACUCUCAUGUUGAAGGUCAAGCGAUUUUCGAAGAUCCGAAUUCUCUUAAGCCGGUUCAAUGUCCUUCUAUAUUUGAUCCCGCGGAGAAGUAUAUAUCUUUGAUAAUUCCUGCGUUUAAUGAGGAGCAUAGACUCCCAAGUGCACUUGAUGAAACUAUGAACUAUCUGCAACAACGUGGCGAGAAGGAUAAAUCAUUUACAUAUGAGGUUGUGAUUGUGGACGAUGGGAGUGUUGAUGGGACGAAAAGUGUAGCUUUUGACUUUGUCAAAAAGUACAAAGUGGAUGCUGUCCGGGUUCUUCUUCUUGGAAGAAACUAUGGGAAAGGAGAAGCUAUAAGAAAAGGAAUGCUUCAUUCACGCGGUGAAUUACUUCUGAUGCUGGAUGCAGAUGGGGCUACCAAAGUAAAUGACUUGGAGAAACUUGAGAUACAGAUUCGUGCAGCUGCUGAAAAGGUGAUGGAUUUGGCUGGUGGUAAUGCAAGUUUGAGGAUACCUGAUAUUCCUGUUGUUGCAUUUGGUUCUCGUGCUCAUCUAGAGGAGAAGGCUCUUGCUAUGAGAAAGUGGUAUCGCAACUUUUUGAUGAAAGGAUUUCAUCUUGUUGUUCUCCUGGCUGCUGGUCCUGGGAUUCGUGAUACUCAGUGUGGCUUUAAGAUGUUCACAAGGGCUGCUGCGCAAAAGCUUUUCAGAAAUGUUCGUUUAAAAAGGUGGUGUUUUGACGUAGAACUUGUCUACUUAUGCAAGUGGUUCAGCAUUCCAAUGAUCGAGAUAUCUGUUACUUGGUCUGAAAUCCCGGGAUCAAAAGUAAAUUUGUUGAGCAUACCAAACAUGCUUUGGGAGCUUGUGCUCAUGUCAGUUGGUUACAAAACAGGUAUGUGGAGAAUUGCUGCCUAAAACAAUUUAAUGUACCUAUAUAAGAUGAAACCUUUUCGUAUACGACAAGACAGACAGAAAGGCUCUUGGAUUUGCACAGAAUGAGUAGGCUUAGAAUUCAUGUCUCCACUCGACGAGUCCACAUAUUCGCUGCUGGGAUUUACAAUGGAGGAUGUAGAGUUUGUUUUCCCAAUUGUUACAACAAGUUGCCUUUCUUUGAAGGUAGGAUUAUUCAUUUUGAAUUGAUAUGUACCUAACAACAAUCUAAUGUCAAACAGGUGGGUACUGUUAAACAGCUAAAAACUAGAUUACUUGUCUUUU